AUGUCUACUACCAUUACAAUUAGCAGCAACAGUCCAAUUGUCAUUCGCCAUGAUGGUCCACCCAAUGGCCACACCAAUGGAUAUGUUAAUGGCGACAGUCAUAACAGAUUCAUUGAAUAUGCCAAUAGUGUCACUACGAAUGGACACAAUACGCAUUUCACUGCCGAACCAGGACUUAACGAUGCACCAGACCGUGUUAAGUUCGCUUAUUGGGUUCCUAACGUUUCCGGUGGUUUAGUUAUAUCGAAGAUUCCCCAGAGAACAAGUUGGGACUACGAAUCGCAUGUGAGAUAUGCGCAGACUGCCGAAGAAGUUGGAUUCGAAUAUGCUCUCACGCAAAUUCGAUUCAUGGCAGGAUAUGGAGCUGUGAGUUUCUUGAAUACAUUAUUGGUACACAAACUGAUAUUGAUUGUUUCCGUCGCCGCUAAACAAAUUGCUAGCAUCGAUCAUUAUACGAAUGGAAGGAUAUCUGUCAAUAUUGUUUCCGGUUGGUUCAAGCAAGAGUUCACAAGCAUCGGGCAGUGGUGGCUGGAACAUGCUGAGCGAUACAGACGAAGUAGGGAGUUCAUCGAAUGUUUGAAAGGUAUUUGGACUUCCCCGAAGUUUUCAUACAAGGGAGAUUUUUACCAAUUCCAUGAUUAUCCAUUAUCACCAAAGCCGCUCAGUCUACCAGGUCGACCACACCCUUUGAUUUUUCAAGGUGGAAAUUCAAUUGAUGCUCGGGAAAAUGGAGCGUCAGCAUCCGAUUAUUAUUUCAUGAAUGGCAAUAGCCUUGGAGGAUUCCAAGAGCAAAUUGCUGAUGUCAAAGAGCGAGCACGGAAGCUCGGUCGUGAAGAUAAGAUACAUUUUGCUGUCAAUGGUUUCGCUAUCGUCAAAGAAACGGAAGAAGAGGCCAUACAACUACUCUCUGAAAUUCAAGGCAAAGCUGAUAGAGAAGCUGUGAAUGCAUUUUCGGGUGCAACCAAACAAGCUGGUUCAUCCACAGGGGAUAAAAAGGGCAUGUGGGCAGAUAGCACAUUUGAGGAUUUGGUGCAAUACAAUGAUGGCUUUAAAACAAAAUUGAUUGGAACAGCUGAACAAAUCGCCGAUCGAAUUUUGUUAUUGAAGAGCUUGGGAAUUGACAUUGUUCUCAUUGCAUUUUUGCAUUAUGAGGAUGAUAUACAAAACUUUGGUGAAAAGGUUUUACCAUUGGUUCGGAAGCUGGAGAGGAAAGGAAGGGGUAAAAAUGCAGAGGAUGAAAUUUUAAGGACUGGAGACGUUUAUCGUGCGAAAAGGUGA